AUGUACUUGGAGAGUUUCAGCACGAUUCUGUCAGCUGUCUUUCUGAGCCUCGCUACUGCAGCAUCUGAGCUGCUAACAGUGUCCUUGAUUGAGAACAUCUACGUGCGGCUAGUAUGGCCGCGUGCAUUUGCCGAUCAGAAGAGCGUCGUCCUGGGCGACCACAGUGGUCCCAUCACUGUCUUGAUUGCUUUUACCCAUGCGGUUGCCGAAGGCUCGCGCCUGAUCAGUCUACUUGGCGCCGCUGCUCGUAGUCAAGGCUGGAACUGGCAGUGGGUCGGGAGCUUACUCAUCAUGUUGAGCACCAACAUAGCAGUUCGGCAUGGAUACCACGUGAGUUUGUUUAGUCGUGUCGUACCAAAACGCAUGCACAUCUGGGUGCGACCGGGAUGCUGCAGCAUGAUCCAUCGUCAUUGCCGUGUGGUUUGUGGCUACUUUCGCUUCAUCCCCUACAUCUCCUACAUGAGUUUCCGGCUGAUUGGCCUCAGGGCUGAACCUCUGUUCAACCCCCAGACGUUGGCGCUCUAUUUCGCAGUCCUAUUCAUGGAAGUGCUUGAAGAUGCGAUCGUGCUUUUGCGCAUCUUGCCUCUGGACCCCUGGCAGACAGACAUGAAGCACUUGUAUGCGGAGCUGCACGUUUUCCACCCGAAACAGGUGAUGUGCAGGGAUUCGACAGGUGUGCAG